AUGGACCCGGGCGCGGGGGCCGCGACGGGAGAGGGGCCGCCCGCGCCCCGGCCCCGCCGCCGUCGCCGCCGCUCCCUGCGUCGCCUGUUCAGCCGCUUCCUGCUGGCGCUGGGCAGCCGCUCCCGCCCGGGAGCCUCGCCGCCCCGGCCGCGGCCCCAGCCGGGACCCCGCGAUGGCGACGGGGACGGCGAGGGGGGCUUCGCCUGCGCGCCGGGCCCCGCCCCGGCCGCGCGCGGGAGCCCCGGGGAGGAGCGCCCGCCUGGCGCCCAGCCCCAGCCCCCCGCCGGCGACGGCGCGCGGCCCCCGGGCGCGCAGGGCUUGAAGAACCACGGCAACACCUGUUUCAUGAACGCCGUGGUGCAGUGUCUCAGCAACACCGACCUACUGGCCGAGUUCCUGGCGCUGGGGCGCUAUCGGGCGGCGCCGGGCCGCGCCGAGGUCACCGAGCACCUGGCGGCGCUGGUGCGCGCGCUCUGGACGCGCGAGUACACGCCCCAACUUUCCGCCGAGUUCAAGAAUGCUGUUUCCAAGUAUGGCUCUCAGUUCCAAGGCAAUGCCCAGCACGACGCCCUGGAGUUCCUGCUCUGGUUGCUGGAUCGGGUGCACGAGGACUUGGAGGGCUCGUCCCGAGGACCAGGGUCCGAGAAGCCUCAGCCUGAAGCCAGCAGAACCCCCGAGAACCUCCCGUCACCAUCGGCUCAGCUUUCUCUAGGCCAAAGCUUUGUGCAGAGCCACUUUCAAGCACAAUAUAGAUCUUCCUUGACCUGUCCCCACUGCCUGAAACAGAGCAACACCUUCGACCCCUUCCUGUGUGUGUCACUCCCCAUCCCCCUGCGCCAGACGAGAUUCUUGAGCGUCACCUUGGUCUUCCCCUCUAAGAACCAGCGGUUCCUGCGGGUGGGCCUGGCCGUGCCGAUCCUCAGCACAGUGGCAGCCCUGAGGAAGAUGGUUGCAGAGGAAGGCGGCGUCCCUGCGGAUGAGGUGAUCUUGGUUGAACUGUGUCCCAGUGGGUUCCAGCGGUCUUUCUUUGAUGAAGAGGACCUGAAUACCAUUUCAGAGGGAGAUAACGUGUAUGCCUUCCAUGCGCCCCCACCACCUGGCCAGAAGAUGCUCUCAGCUCAUCCAUCUGGUCUGUCGGUCUCCCCACGCUUGGCAGCCCGUGAGGGUCCACAGUCGUCCCUGCCCGUCCAUAGCGAGAACAAGGUGCUAGUCCUCUUCUGUAACUUGGUGGGGUCAGGGCAGCAGGCCAGCAGGUAUGUAUAACCUCAUCUCCUUCGUGAUGUCUGGGCUGUUGCAGUCAACACGAUGCUGACCCACUGUCUCUGUUUGAUGUCUCGUCAGAACCCGGGAUCUCUGUUCUCCGUCCGGGUUGUGGGGCUUUCUCUGGCUUGCGGCUACUUAUCCCCACAGGACAGCCGUCCCCUCUGUCACUGGGCAGUGGACAGGGCUCUGCACCUCAGGAGGCCAGGGGGCCCCCCCCACGUCAAACUGGCCGUGGAGUGGGACAGCUGUGCCAAGGAGCGCCUGUUCGGGAGCCUCCAGGAGGAGCGGGUGCAGGACGCAGACAGUGUGUGGCAGCAGCGGUGGGUCCACCAGCAGCACAGCUGUACCUUGGACGAGUGUUUUCAGUUCUACACCAAGGAGGAGCAGCUGGCUCAGGACGAUGCGUGGAAGUGUCCGCACUGCAAGGCCCUCCAGCAGGGCAUGGUGAAGCUGAGCCUGUGGACCCUGCCGGACAUCCUCAUCAUCCACCUCAAGAGGUUCUGUCAAGUGGGCGAGAGAAGGAACAAGCUGUCCACGCUGGUGAAGUUUCCGCUCUCUGGCCUCAACAUGGCUCCCCACGUGGCCCAGAGAAGCACCAGCCCCCCGCCUGUGACGGGCCCCUGGCCCCCCUGGAAGCCCCCGGCCUGCCUCCCUGCCGGCUACCCGCUGGACUUCCUAUACGACCUAUAUGCCGUCUGCAACCACCACGGCAGUCUGCAAGGUGGGCAUUACACAGCCUACUGCCGGAACUCUCUGGAUGGCCGGUGGUACAGUUAUGAUGACAGCACGGUAGAGCCGCUCCCAGAGGAUGAGGUCAAUAGCCGAGGGGCUUACAUCCUAUUUUAUCAGAAACGGAACAGCAUCCCUCUCUGGUCAGCCAGCAGCUCCCUGAGAGGCUCUACCAGUUCCUCCUUCUCUGAUCACUGGCUCCUUCGGCUGGAGAGUGAUCACAGCAGUGCCCGGGGAAGCCUGCUGUCCUGGAGCUCCAGCCCCGGCCCCUCCCGGCCCCAGGAGCUGGACCCUCCCAUCUUCACCACCAGCCUCUCCGAUCAGGAAAAGGGAGGGUUGGAGUCCAGGCCUCUGGUACGGGGUGUACGAGGCCGAAGCAUCAGCAUGAAGGAGCCGACCCCUUCCAGAGCCAAGCAGGGGGCCUUCAAGACCAUGCCCCUCCGAUGGUCUUUCAGACCCCGGGAGAAACCACUGGGUGCAUCUGCCGAGCUGGUGGAGUAUUUGGAGUCCAGGCGGAGACCCCGAUCCACAAGCCAGUCCAUCGUGCCACUGUUGACGGGCGCUGCUGGCGAGGACGUGGAGUCAGAUGCCACCGGCUCUGCUAAGGGUGAAGGUGGUGGGCGAGCCACCGAGAGAGCACUGGCCGGAGUGCCCUGUCCCUCGGGCCACCCCAGCCACUGUGCCGCCCCUGGAGUCCCAGAUGGUCUAAACGCAGCGAGGAAAGCCAAGGAGCAUGCAAGUCAGGAGAUCAUGCUCCCCAAACAGUUUGACCUGCCCCUCGGCAUGAUGCCCUCAGCGGGGACUGACAGACGAGCUCGGCCUGAGGGCCAGAAGACGGCGAACUGGGAGGGAAGUGGCCCAGCAGGGAGCUGUGGCAGGGCACCCUCCCCCGCCAAGGAGCCUCUGGGUGCCGCGGCAUUAUCUAGAAACAGCGCAGACAAGCGCCAGAAUACCUUAGCCAGGACGAGGGCCAGUGUGGAGGCCAGAGACCCUGAGACAGACAGACUCCCACAGGGGACCCUCACCCUUCUGAGAUCUGUGUUCUGGAAGAAGGAGAACAAGCAUGACAAGGCGGAGGUGGCCCUCCGGGCGUCCCCAGGGCCCCUGGUGAGCGGCAGGCUGAGCCUGGCUGUGGAUGAGCACGCCCGAGGCUCCUCUCCUUCCUUCCAGAUCCGAGGGAGCCUGGCCGGGGCCCCUGCCAACCUCCAGGAGAGGGACAUCUGGUCAGCCCCCAGCUCUCUCCGCCUCCCUCGCAAAGCCAGCAGGCCCACGAGGGCCAGUGCCCUGGGUCCGUCACAGAGGACGGCUCCCGGGGACCACACUCCUUUUGACACCUUGCAGAAGGUGAAAUACCACACACUUUCCUUAAGCCGGAAGAAAACGUUACCCGAGUCCAGUUUCUGA